AUGACUGUCUCUACCAGUGAUACUGAACGCAAGGACUCAUAUGUUUACCACGUUAUUCGAGAAACCACAGAUAUUCUCUACGACUACGGCGACAGCGAUAUCCGAGGAACAUACAAAACUCUCGAGGACGCUAACGAGGCCGCAAGACGGGAUUUGUUUAAGGAGGAUGAAUAUAAGAAGGCCGAUCUAGAGGAUUAUUCGGAGUCUACCAAGCAUGAUGGAACGGUCCUUAUAAACGCUGGAACCGGGGAAAUCGACUUCAUUGUCAAAGUGGUGUGCCGAAUCAUACCAUCAGACCUGAACUCCCCUGACAGGACUGUAUAUAUCGUUAACCGGACGGAGACAACAACAUCAAAAACAGCCUCAUCUAACACGACAACAACGGAGAAGAUAUCGAAAACGGUUGGAAUCUACCAAAAAGAAGACAGCGCAAACGAAGCCGCCGAAAGGGAGCUACGGAAAGCCGCUGGUAUCAAAUCAUGGAGAGACCGGAGAAGGUUUAAGGGUGUGUUUAGGGAAGAGUACGAUUUGGAAGGAUUGUUUGAGGGUGCCGCGACCAUUAAAAACGUGGGUGCUGGUGAGAAGGGGAUUACUGUUGUGGUUGAACGGAGGACAUUGGAGUAG